AUGGUAAAGUUGCGGGAUGAAGUUUUGGACCAGUUCUACGAGCAUUUCGUUCGUCCCGAGGCUGGCCUGAGAAGAGCUGUCUCGCUAACAAAGAGGAUUCUGAGAAUACUGGUAAGCAGCGGCGUUGAGGACUAAAAUUUGUCGAUGCAUUAAAAUCUUCGGGUAUAAAGAAGAGAUAUCAUUGUAUUCGUUGUUUCGAAAGCAAUGUUUAAUUCCAGCUUUCUUCGAAUCGACUACUCUCCACUUACUAUGGCCCUUGCACAUCUCUUACCAUGACCCCUGACGGAUUUUAUGGAAUUGGAAAAGACAUGCGCAAUUAUUGCACCAUUUCUCCGAUCCUAUUGGCGCAGCUGGGCCGAAUUGUGGAUAGGACGGCCGGACCCUUCUCUGUAUCCUACUAUAUGGAUAGUUACACUCCGGCCAACGAACGAGGCCUGAUCCGGCUACUUUAUUGGGCCGAAAGUAAGAAUUUCAAUAUUUAAGUAUGAUAAAAGAAUCUGUGAGACGGAACGACCGAGUUUCGAGGAUUUUCCCACGCGGAACGAUCAACACUUAUUUAAAUUUGAUUGUACUUUCCUACAUGGGGCUUCCCUAUAAAAGGCCUCCUUUCCACUGAACAAAUCACUUGACUCUUGAGCUCUCGUCUUGUCUCGUUACUGGGUUGUCGGGCCUUUCGGCAGAAUCUUAACGAGGGGAUGGUCUGAACUGUCCGUGAGCUUUCAACAUGAGACCCCCAAAUUCUGAAAGAGCGUACAAAAUUUAGUAGGAAUCCGUUUUCUAUUUUUGCCGAAUGCUCUUGGGAGACGAGAAAUAUCGACAGAAACAUCCGGCAAAAAAUCGAAACAGAGAAAAAUCCGAAACACGUCAAUCCAAAAUAUAUAGAACAAAAAAUGUCCCGCCGCUUUUUGGUGAUUCGUUCAAAACGAAAUGUCACUAUCCGAUAAAAAGCAUUUUCUCAUCUUUCUUCUUCAUUUUCGAGAAAAAGGAAUUAUUUCGAGCGAGAAAGAGUGUCGAUAAUUUCGCGACAUUUCGUCCCUCUUUUAAAUCAAUGAAAACGAUACGAAGUUUCGAAACGGUUCAGGAAAUGCGCUGGAUUGACGUGCGAAAGGAGUAAAAAUUAUUUUUUCAUUUACUCGGGUGUUUACAGAUUUUUUUGCGAAAUUUCAAGAAGAGUUGACAACUCGGCAGCAUUUUUGAUGACGUCAGAUGUCAACAUACUGGUAUUUUCAAAACAUUUAUACUCGAUUCUGAAAGGUUGUAUAGGUCUUGCAGAACAAUGAUAUGGCUUUUUUAAAGAGUCUUUUUUCGGUUGUUGUCAUUCUUAAGGAAUCCGCUUUGAUCCACCCCUACCAAAAGGCAGUGUUGGUCUCCCCUUACCAUAUCAUUUUUUCCUCUUCGCCCGGGUACCCACUUCAAAAAAAUUAGGUGCCUCUUCGCCUAGGUGCGGUCUUCAAACCAAAUUCUCUAUUUGAAGUUUCUAGAGAACGGAGUUGGCAAUGUUUAUUGCGACUACGAGGAAUUGAGUGUGGCAACAUUCAAGUUGUUAGAUGACUUAGCCUCACAGCGGCCUCAAGGUAGGCUCCUAAUCUCUAUUUUUAAUUUCAUAUCUCUCUUAGGGUACUACUACGGUUGUAAUGACGUCAAAGAGAGUACGAUCUUCAAAGGUGGCGUUGAGAUUGCAGCCCCACUCCGAGGGUUUGUUGCUUCGGAAAAACAGACCGCAUCAAUGUGUAAGCACUUGCUUACGUCACUUGUCUUAAAUCCAUUUUGCGAAUCGAUUCAUUUCCAGAUCUUGGCGACCUUUUUGAUCAUCAUUCGUUGCACAUACGGUUGGCGCAUUGCGAUGGCUUCAUUUUGUAUCAGUAUUUACCGUGAGUUUGUCUUUGUCUUGCAGGGAGUGUUCAAUGUGCGACUCUAAGAUUUUCUUCGAAUUUUGAACAUGCAAUCGACUCGUAUGAAGCCCUGAAAACUCUAGCUGGCCCAUUGCAGGGGCAGCAAUGGGCCAGCUAGAGAAAAAAAAGGCUAACACAUUGCACAUAGGCACAUCAAUUCCUGAAAGUUCUGGCAUCGGCUUUGCAGGCGCAGCUAAUUGUAAGAUAUUAAACCAUCAUUACGGCCGAGAGAGUACACAAAACGCAGAGAUUGGUCCUAGAGAUAAAAACACUUUUGGCUGUACAUUUUGCCCGUUUCGUGCGGAAACAAUUGAUUUUUUGUGGAGACAUUACCCUCUACGGUGGAUAUAGGUAUCACAUUUUUCAUGUCAAAAUUCGUUAAAAAGUUUCGCAUUUUUGCCCCACUUUUGAUCUGAAAAUCUACUAAAAAUAUUGGCCGUUUCUGCAAAGCGCGAGUUAGAAGUCUCGUAUAUAUGUAUCUUAGAAAAAAGUUUAUCUAAAUUUGUGCCAAUUUCAUCAAAAUCUGAGCGUCGCACUGAAGGCACUUCUCCUGUUCAAAUAACUUCGAAAAACAGUGUGCCAUGAACGUCUAACAUUGCUUCUUUCAGCCUCCCGCCUCUCCCAAAACUGGGAUAUUUUGAAUCCAACGUCACACUCUCGUCGCUCUCAGCGCCGCAAUCCUACGAAUGGUACAAGCAUCUAUUCGCCGAAUUCAAAAAGUCCGCUCCAAUCUGCGACAUUUGCUUCAAGCUUCAUGUCACUGUGCUUGCAACUCGCUAUGAGCUGCAUUCGAGUGCCCAAACCGACUUUAUCACGGCAAUUCAGAAUGUUUUAAAAGUUGCUGCGGAAUUUGAAAAUCUACAUUUUGAUACGAGUUACACGGCAGUUUUUCCGGAAACCGUAAGAUAGAUUUUUCGCAGUACUCUGUACUUACAGGUGAAGUGCUCCAAGUGCAACGCUCAGAUUUUCUAUUAAUUUUGCUCACACGUCAGAUAUAAGCCACACAUCAAUUCCUGAAAGUUUUAGCUCGCGCUUUGCAGAGGCAGCCGGGAUUUUGAACGAUCUUUGCGGCCGAGAGAGUGCGCAAUAUGUGGAGAGGGGUCAGAGAGAAAAGCACUUUUAGGCCGUAUCUCUACCUGUUUCGCUCGGAAAAAAAUCUAUUUUUUUUUUGUGAAGAGAUUACCCUCAUGGUAGAAAUAAGUAUACAAUUUUUAAUGAUAAAAUUUGUCUAAAAAAUUUUGCAAUUUCGCUGUCUUUCGGUCUGAAAAUCUUUGUCGUUUCUACAGUGGUGGACCUGAUCCAGCGGCAAAAAACGUACCAUUUUGCAUCCAGGAAGUAUCAAAAAAUGCGGCAAAUACCUCCCUCUCCAAGUGAAAAAACUCAGAUUUCAAAAGCGCGCCCGCUCUUUUUGAGAGGGCCCUACAAAACCGAGUUUUUUCACUUGGAGAGGGAAGCAUUUUGCCACAUUUUUGAUGCGUCCUGGAUGCAAAAUGUUACGUUUUUUGCGACUGGAUCAGGUCCCCCACUGUACAAGCGCGAGCUGGAAUUUGUCUUCUUGUUAAAAAAAAGUUCUAAAUCUAUGCCAAGUUUCAUCAAAAUCUGAGCGCUGCACUUGGAGUACUUCACUUGUUUGUUCUUUUAUAAUUCUCCUCCUUAUUUACAGGAAAGAUCGCAUAAAUCGGAGUGGCUAGCCGCUGUCGACAACUUGUCAGAGGAUUGCGAAAUUUUCAUUGGCAAUAGCUGGCUCUGUGUUCCUCGGUUUGACGACAGUUUUGUUGUAAGUUUUAUAUUAUAAUUUGCCAGUAAAGGCAUGCUUCAAUUUAGGAAGACACAACGGUAAGUAUCAAGAUGGAAUGCAAGUUUGACAACGACGUUUUCGCUGCGCUCCAGGACAAGUCUUUCAUGAUUUUUGAUUGA